AUGGAUCCGGAGCAGACCUUCAUUCGCGUGCAGGAGAGGUUUUCGCAGAUGCUGACGCCCAAAGUCAGAGUUGCUCUGGAGUAUCUCUACCUAGUCAUUGCCAUAACCUUCUUCUGCAUUCUCGUUGUUAUGCACGCUAAUUACGUUCAGCAGCCUGGGUGUUCAAGUGAGCUAUCUGGAGUUUUGACAUCAGAAGCCCAACUUAUUCAGAUUAAGAUAACUAGUGCCGGCCUGUGGUCUCAUAAUGAUUCUGAAUCAAACAGAAUAGAUCCCCCUGAAACAGAAGUUGUAAAAGAUAAAAUUGAGUUUUCUGAUGCCAGUGCAGAUAAAUUGACAAUUUUGGCUUCCAAGUUUUGGUGGAACUGGAUUGGUUUAAGUUCUAGGAGAGGAAAAUUGGUAUUCAAGUUUUGGAAAACUGACACCGAGUUUCUUGAACAUCAAGCUGAAACCUCUACAAGUAACCAAAACACUAGGCCUGUGGUUGAAGAUGCUGUCAUCAAAAUUGAUAAGGAUGAGCCACCAAAAAGUUUUACUUUAUCUGCCAAAGAGACACUAAAAGCAGCAAUUAUACAUUUUGGUAAAAAGUGGUAUAGGCGUAUCUCAUUUAUUUGGAGACACACAAUGCAGAUUAUUGGAAGUUUCCAGAAGCUGUGGAAUAUUGCUGGUGUACAUCUAAAUCUUGAUGUUCCCAAAUGGAUGCAUAUCCUUCGUUUGGACAAGCUUAACACUAAUGCAGUGCAGUGGUUUAGAAAGAAAUGCCAGUUAUUUGAACCUACAUAUCUGUACACUAUGGAAAAGGGCUAUUUCUUGUUACCUGAAAGUGCUAAGUCUCUUCAUAAUAUACGUACCAUGAAUGUUAGCAUAUCAGCUUCGCACUCCUGCUUUGGAAACAAGUGGCAGCAAUUACUCAUAAACAGAUUUGUCGGAUAUGAUACGAUUUUAAUCAAUAGUUUAUUGAGUUCUCCUGGUCAAGGUUAUCUUUAUAACUAUCAAUCGAAGGAAUUCUAUAACCUUAGUUAUGCACAAGAAGCUCCUGAAGGCCCAGCUAGGUUUGGAGACUACCUAGUAACGAAGUGUGGCGUGCUUAUGAUGUCCUUGUUUGUAUUUUUUACUACCACAAUGUCAGUAUCAUUUACAUUAAGAGAAACACAGACUCGAAUGCUGAAGUUCACGGUGCAGCUUCAACAUCAUGCACGACAUCGCCUUCCAACAUUUCAGCUGAUCUUUGUACAUGUGAUUGAAUCACUCGUUUUUGUUCCUAUUAUGAUUGGGAUUCUGUUUUUUCUCUUUGAGUUUUAUGAUGAUCAGCUUCUUGCCUUCAUGGUCUUGAUUCUUGUCUGGUUGUGCGAACUUUUUACUCUCAUUAGUGUGCGAACGCCGAUAUCAAUGAAGUUCUUUCCUCGGUUCUUUUUGCUGUAUUUCCUGGUCUUCCACAUAUAUUUCUUCUCUUAUGCGUAUGGUUUUUCAUAUUUGGCGCUCUCUACAACUGCAGCUUUUAUGCAACACCUUAUCCUGUACUUUUGGAAUCGGUUUGAGGUACCAGCAUUGCAAAGGUACAUGCAAAAUAGACGGUCACAGCUUCAACAACACCCAGAUUUCCACAUUACCUCUUCUACUAUUCUUGCAUCAACGUUACAUAUCACAAGAUUGAACACAAGAAACCAGGGAUUAAGUAACACGGAUUUGCCGACUGGUGCAGGACUGAGACCUGGUUUUGAUCAAUCAAUGCCUGAAAAUGGAGGAGGAGUUGGCGACCCUCAAGCACGGUCAGAAAAUAAUCGAGACAGGGUUGCGAACCAGACAGAGAUUCCUGAGCAAGCUGACAACCGACAAGCAGAAAGGGGUGCGAACCCUGGAUCCAUGAAUUCAUUCAGUUCUUUGUUAUUAUGGAUCUUAGGAGGUGCUUCGUCUGAGGGCCUGAACUCAUUUUUAUCCAUGUUCAGAGACGUGAGAGAGCAAGGACAAGUUUUUAAUAAUGAAACACCCGGGGCUGGGGUUGAAAACCGUGAGAAUCAGGAUAACAAUUACAGAUAG